AGUGGGCGGGGCGGGAGACCGGGGCGCGGGGUGGGUGACGUCCGCUCAGGCUGAGUCAGGUUCCUGGUGCAGUGUUCGGCGGUUUGUGGCCGGUGACACGGUGAACAAGUUAUUUGUUCAGAAUGGCAUUCCGUGCUGGUCCCCGUGCCACAGGGACAGAUGGCAGUGACUUCCGUCAUAGAGAGAAAGUAGCUUCACACUAUCAGAUGAGUGUAACUCUGAAGUCUGAGAUCAAGAAGUUGAUAAUUGCUCAUUUAGUAAUCUGGACACUGCUCACUCUGCAGGUUAUUGUCAGCCAUAUGAAGUUGGUGUCACAUGAUCUGAUAGCUAUGCCAUACCAGUGGGAAUACCCAUAUCUGCUCAGCGUCAUACCAUCUAUCUUUGGUUUUGUAUCCUUCCCUCGUAACAAUAUAAGUUACCUUGUGCUCUCUAUGAUCAGUGCGGGCCUCUUCUCCAUUGCCCCUCUCAUUUAUGGCAGCAUGGAGAUGUUCCCCAUGGCACAGCAGCUGUAUCGACACGGAAAGGCCUACCGCUUUAUCUUUGGUUUUUCUGCUGUAGCUGUCAUGUACUUGGUCUUGGUUAUUGCAGUGCAAGUGCAUGGUUGGCAGAUCUACUACAGCAAAAAAUUACUGGACUCUUGGUUUACCUCCACACAGGAAAAGAAGAAGAAAUAGUUUGCGGAAGAAAAGUACUAUUUGGAAACUGUUAGAAGACUGGGUUGGUUUAUGAACUUUGUUGAAUGUGAUGGGACUGCAUCAGUCCACUAAAGAAGAUAAUAUGGGGGUAAAGUGCUGGAGAUUAUCUUGAAUAGGAUGCUUUUAUUUUUAUCUUUACGCCCUAAUGCAUUUGUUUCCAAUCAAAGAAAAAUAGUAAUGAGUCUCCCAAGAACAUUUCAUGCUAGUUAUUCAAAUCUGUGGAUGUUGGUUUGUUGAUUGAUGUGGCUUUUAAAAAUAUGAUAAUGUCACUAAGCAGUUAGAUAAUGCAUUAUAUUCAGGAAUGUUUCCAAACUGAUAUGUCCAAAUAAUUUUUUUCUUUGUUUGUAUUUCCAAUUGAUAAAUCAACUUGUGAUUUUCAAGAGGAAAAGCAAGUGGUUUAAUUGUUGAUUUUGUAUAUCUGGUACUGCUGUAAGAUUGUGAAUUCCUACAUCAGUCUUCUACAAUGAAACUGGGUGUGUGGCAUGUGGAUGGAAGUGUUAAUUAGAGCUGGGGAUUGUGCUACAAAAAUUAGAUUGAAUGUGAUGAGCAACAUGUUCAGUGCUUGCAGAUUAGAUCAACUAUGUUUUCUUUAAAAACAUAACAUGAUAUCCCAAAUUAAUUUAACUAUUUAAUGAAAAAAACCUUGUCCCAGCAUAGAUAGAAUUAAAUUAGUUUUAAAUUUCUCUCAAGACCAAAGCAAGAAUAUAGCAUACGUAACCUUCUCUGACUGUUCCUUUUCAUGUACUUUUAAAGUUGCAUCAUACAAGUCAGCACAUUUUGGAUUUAGCUCCAGUUCACUGAACAUUCUGUUAAUGAUUAGCCUUAAGUAUAAAUGUGUAGCUAUAGGUAUGUUUGAGUCAAUAUUUAAGUGUUGUCACAAAUUAUGAUCAUUGUCUUAAAAUACUGACCUGCUUUUAUUUGCAUCUCUUAAAUCAGCUUCUUAAUCUUCUGUAUACCAUUACUUUGAUUUCUUUAUAUAAUCAUUUCUGGUGUAGUAGAGGUUAGUUGGGCAUGAGGACACUACUUACAAUGAGAUAGAUCUUGUGGUUUAUACAUGACAUUCUUUAGAGAACUGAAAAGCAUCCUGCAGUCCCACACUGGCUUCAUAAUAUCUAAUUGUUUACAUAAGAGUAACAUGGUAUCCAACCCAUGAGCUGACUUAAGUUGUUCGGAAUUAAAUUCCUGUUCUACAUUCAAGCACAACCUUCUUCCAGUUUAUGGGGAUGGCAAGAAAUUUGACAGUAAAAUUUAUAAUUGUAGGAAUUAGGUAAUCCCCAGAUUAGGCUUUAAGUUUAGUAGCUUCGUAGUUUGUAUGAAAAAUAAACCAAUGAAUAUGUGAAUCUAAAUUGACCAGUUUGUCUUUAUGUUCAAAAGUUAGUCAAAUAGAUCAAAUUUUGUUCUGAUUUUUAUCAUUACGGCUCUUAUUUACAACAAUGAAUAAAAUGUUGCACCAGAAUUGAUUUUGUUUUUGUACCUGUAUAAUAUAAUGUGUAUAUGGCUUCAAAAUGUAAACUGAAACAUGUUAGAGGACUAUAAGGUAUGUGUUUGUCCUUUAUGAAUAAAAUUGAAUUGUCACAUUUU